GUUUUAUCUGUUUGGUCACCAUGUUUAAUCGACGCAUGACUACUGCUGCUAUUACUGUAUCGGUAGUGGCUUUGCUAUGUGCAGCCCAAGCGCAGCCAACAACAUUAAAGACACGUUUCGAAGGAUACACGUAUGCUUCGAACGUAAUAGGAUAUGUUAACAUGACUCUCGACUACUGUGACAUACAGGCUGCCAUCACUACCGGCAACUUUACUGCUGCGUUAGAGAUCUAUGCAACCGGCAAGAACUCCUACUCUGGUCUGUCGCGCCGCACGUUCUAUCGCUUUGCCUCUUUCGCGCCGGCGGCUGGUGUUGUGGAGCCUCUACAUGACGCCUUGACUGCGGGACGUAACGCGACAUGGCUCGAUACCUUAAUCAAAGAUGCCAUCUCCAAGCGCGACGGCCCACUGACUCUUGGCCUCAUCCAGGUCGCCGCACUGAAGUAUUUCCUCCAUGAGGUGGAUGAGGGUUUCAACAAGAUCCGGACAUAUUUCCAGGACCCCACGAACAACGACAUCCUCAUUAGCGAUGAAACAGGUGCACCCCACAACGUCGAUGAGGCCUUUGCUCUCUGGGCUGGUGGCAACCCCAGGGCAUGUGGCACACUGUCGGGCUGGGCGGCACGGCUGGGUUCGGAUAUGGACGCCACCUUCCUUGGCAAGUCGUUCGUCAACAGCGCCAUGACGCUGGCAUUGAACGAACUGCUGGCUUCGUCACGCACCGCGGACCUUGACAUCUAUAACGACACCCGCGCUAUGGUGCAACGCUACAUCACCGUGAUGGGGCUCCAGGGAGUAGUCCGCUCCUUGUACCGGGCAGAAGCCGCAGUGGCCUGCAAGCGCUCUGCGGCCCAAAUCGCAGAAGCCAAGGCCAUGAUUACAGUACACUGGACAUACCUUGAGCCCCUGCUUUUUGCGCGCAACAUGCGUGCAUCGUACAUUCAAGCUCUGGGCCAAGCACUAACGAAUCCCACUCCAAGCUACUCGCGAGCGCUCCCCGCCAUUCGGACUGUGGUUUCGGCGAUGGGCCGGCGCAUGUCGGAAAUCGGCACGCCCCAGUUUGACCGCGUCACUGCAGGCUGGACCACCUGCAAUGCAGCCGCUGUGGCACCCGUCGCUGGACACCGCCAAUCGUAGGUCGACAAACUUUGCACUUUGAUUUGACAAGGCAGGAUACCGGGCGACAGAUGCUAGUGCACAGACCCAGCAGCAGGAGGAUGGUUACGGGUGUCGAUAUUGAGGGCAAGCAAUUCGGCUCGUUUUGAGUGUGUGGGCCGCCUGCUUGCGCUUAGUUGACCCAGCUGGUACAGCC